ACCAGCGCGGCUUCCACUUCUCAGUCUUUCCUGCCCAAUGUUCCACCGAGUAGGCUGAUCCACGUGUUUGCAUUAGCUAUUUCGUUAUUUGUUCCUAAACGUCCAGUUAUUUGUGUUUCACUGAAACGCACAGCAGCACAAUGGUGAAACUUGCAAAGGCAGCAAACAAGCAGGCGACUCAGAAGAAAAAGGCCCCUCCACCCCCCAAAGAAGUGGAGGAGGAAUCCAGUGAGGAGGAAAGCAGUGAUGAAGAAGAGACUCCACCCCCUAAAGUGGUGAAGAAGGCCACACCAGCAAAGGCUACCCCAGUUGUUAAAAAUGGCGCUGCUGCCAAAAAAGCAGAAAGCGAGGAGGAUGAUGAUGAUUCCGAGGAGGAGUCUGAAGAGGAAGCCCCUCCACCAAAAAAGACCCCAGCAAAGGCUAAAACCACUCCAGCAAAAGCUAAGCCCACACCCGCAAAGGCUAAACCCACACCUGCAAAGGCAGAGGAGUCAGAUGAUGAGUCUGAAGAAGAGGCCCCACCCCCCAAGAAAUCGGCUAAACCUGGUGCCAAAACCCCAGUGAAGGCCAAACCUGCAAAGGAGUCCUCUGAAGAAGAUGAAUCAGAAGAAGAAACAGCCCCACCCCCCAAGAAGGCUACUCCAGCUGCCAAAAAAGCCGCAAAGGCUGCUAAAGAAGAGUCUGAGGAGGAGGAUGAUGAAGAGGAGGAUGAAGACGAAGAUGAAUCUGAGGAAGAGAUGGACACCACUCCUGCGCCGGCAAAGGCAAAGAAAGCCGGCAUGGUCAAGGCUAAGGAAGAAUCUGAGGAAGAUGAUGAUGAGGAAGAUGAUGAGGAGGACGAUGAUGAGGAUGAUGAUGAGGAAGAGGAAGCCCCAGUGACUCCUGCAAAGAGGAAGGCAGAGGGCAAGAAUGACACACCUGCUGCCAAGAAAGCAAAGCCAGAUGGCGAAGGAUUCUGUCUAUUUGUUGGAAACUUAAACGCCAACAAAGACUUUGACGAAAUCAAGGACGGUCUGAGGAAAUUCUUUUCCAAGAACAGCCUUGAGGUCGCCGAUGUGCGGUUGGGUGGAUCCAAGAAAUUUGGAUAUGUUGAAUUUUCAUCUGAGGAGGACAUGCAGAAGGCUCUUGAACUAAAUGGCAAGAAGCUCAUGGGUCAGGAGUUGAAGUUGGACCGGGCCCGAAGCAAGGACAGCUCUCAGGAUGGCAAGAAAGAGAGAGAUGCACGAACGCUAUUUGUGAAAAACCUUCCCUUCUCUGCCACAAUCGAUGACUUGAAGGAAGUCUUUGAAAAUGCAGUUGACGUCAGGUUACCACCAGGCCAGAACGGUUCUAAUAGAGGAAUUGCCUACAUUGAGUUCAAAAGUGAGGCUGAUGCAGAGAAGAUGCUGGAGGGGGCUCAGGGAGCUGAUGUGCAGGGGAGAUCCAUCAUGGUUGACUAUGUUGGUGAUAAGAGCCAGGGUCAGAAAGGGUCCAUGUCACAAGGUGCCGGAGCAGCCAGUAAAACACUGGUGGUGAAUAAUCUAUCGUUCACUGCCACAGAGGAAGCCCUACAAGCUGCUUUUGAGAAAGCUGUUUCUAUUAGGAUUCCACAGAGAGAUGGCAGACCUAAAGGCUUUGCUUUUGUAGAGUUUGAGAGUGCAGAGGAGGCAAAGGAUGCUCUGGAAAACCUCAACAACACAGAUAUUGAAGGCCGGUCAAUCCGACUGGAGUACAGUCAGAACAGUGGCAGAGAUGGCGGCAGAGGAAACAUGGGUCCAACAAAAACACUUUUCGUCAAGGGUCUCUCUGAGGACACAUCAGAUCAGACCCUCAAGGAUUCAUUCGAUGGUGCCGCAGCAGCCAGAAUAGUAACAGACAGAGAAACGGGGUCCUCAAAAGGUUUUGGCUUUGUGGACUUCAACAAUGAAGACGAUUGCAAGUCAGCCAAGGAAGCCAUGGAGGACGGCGAGAUUGAUGGCAGAAAGGUGACCCUGGACUACGCCAGGCCCAAGGGUGAAGGCGGCUUCCGUGGCGGUCGCGGCGGUGGUGGAUUCGGCGGCGGCGGCCGUGGUGGUCGCGGAGGCCGAGGUGGCUUUGGUGGCGGUUUCGGCGGAGGUCGCGGCGGUGGUGGAUUCGGCGGCAGGGGAAGAGGAGGUCCCCGUGGAGGCGGACGUGGUCGUGGUGGCUUUGGAGGUGGAAGAGGUGGUGGUGGAUUUGGAGCCAAACCCCAGGGGAAGAAAAUUAAGUUUGAUGACUAAAUCCUUGGUCUUUUACUUUUUUUGAAUGGACUCUGGUUUCAUCACUUUUCAGAGCUUUUGGACAUUCCAGAAAGCGUCAACGAUAUAUAUUUAACUGUUAAUGGGCAUUUUAGCCCUUUAUUUAGACCCCCUCAAACCUUCCCCAACCCUUGUGUGCCAGAAUGGUACUUUUGACCUUCUCAACUCAUGAGCAUUGUGUGUACUGAAUGUCCCGAAUGCAAGCCUGCGCCUCUCGCUCUCAUUAGCUUGUUUUUUCGAAGGAGUAAAAUGGAACGGGUCUGGCAAACAAGUUUGCUGUGAAAAAUACGCUUGUCUUUGUCAGAAACAUUGUGUAAAUUUAAACAGUUUGUAUGAUUUCAUUUUACCUUUUUGUAAAAAAAAAAACAAAACUAAGAGUUUCACUUGUAUCCAUAUGUUUUGGUUUUAUUUUGUCAUUUAGUUUCCUUUAGUUACCAAGUUUUACUGUAAUGUGCAAAGCAUAUUUUGAUAGCAGAGUUGAGUCGGUGCUCAAGAGUUGGAUGUUAAGAAAAUGGCAAAUGUUCUGUCAGUUUAUUUGGUGGGGCAGAGUCAGUGUUUGAGUCAGAGGAUGAAUAACCUCUUGUCUAUGUAACAUAAAAUAUUUGUAGUGCAUUGACUUUUUUUCCCCAUCCGAGAAUCUCCAGAUUUUCAUGUGAUUUAAAUAAAACCUUGUAGGUGGUGAUUUUUAA